ACAGGAAAUAUCGUCUGCUCUAUCGACCGACAUUACAGACAUGGUAUAAUGCACGAUAUGAGUCGUAAACAGCAUGUUUGCUACAUUUCGAAAUGUCCUUAUCAGCCAUAGUUUAAAUGCAUUACAUAUAAAAACACAUUUAGAAUAUGUGCUCAUUUCAAAAUAAACAUUCUAUAAGAAUAACGGAAAGGAACUGUUCGUAACAUAACUCAAGGAAUAUAUUAAAAGCAAAAAUGGAUGAUUCGGGGACAAGUAGCUGCUGUGACACUGGAAUAAGCAGCACUAGCGAUACAGGUUGUAGCAGCACAUGCGAUGCGGGCUUUAGCAGUACAUGCGACUCAGGGUUUAGCCACAACUGUGACAGCGGAACAACGAGUGGUUUUAGCGACACCGCAUUCAGCUAUGCCAAUUUCACCGAGAAUAAUUAUGCACACGCGAACUUUCAGGAUUCUUUUAUGCACGCGACGAACGGUAUAUUUCCCGCCAAUAACGGAUACAUGGACACUUACUCCAUUUCCUCGGGCCUUCCCCCUCCGUUCUUAGUCUCACAUCACGCGGUGCGCUGUCCUGGAGACUCGAGCGUGUACAUCGGUCGCCCCAUGGUGAUACUGACACCAUCACAACAACACAAUAUGAUGCAAAGGGAACUAAUAAAAUGCAUCGGGGGUGUUGUGUUUGUGCUGGUCCUUGCAGGGGUUAUCACAGCAAUUAUCAUGGCGGUGAAAUAUGCUUAAAAGAGGUAAAGCUCCAAAGUUCAGCGCAAAUGAGACGAGUCUCAACGCAAAAAAAUAGAUACCGGUCGUCAAAGAAUACAAGACAAUAUGCGAGACUUUUAGAAGCGUCGUUCGACAUUGAGAUGUAGCUUGUGGUUGGCGUUGACAUACCGUACAUGAACAUUUCAAUACACCAAUUCGUGUGGAUGGAGUUGAUAUACCGUACAUGUACAUUGCAAUACACCGAUUCGUGUGGUUGGCGUUGACAUACCGUACAUGUAUAUUGCAAUACACCAAUUCGUGUGGAUGGCGUUGAUAUACCGUAGACGUACAUUGCAAUACACCAAUUUGUGUGGAUGACGUUGAUAUACCGUACAUGUACAUUUCAAUACACCAAUUCUUGUGGAUGGCGUUGAUUUAUCGUAGAUGUACAAAGCAAUACAACAAUUCAUGUGGUUGGCGUUUACAUACCGUACAUGUACAUUGCAAUACAACAUUUCGUGUGGUUGGCGUUGACAUACCGUACAUGUACAUUGCAAUACACCAAUUCUGGUGGUUGGCGUUGACAUACCGUUCAUGUAUACUGCAAUACACCAUUUCGUGUGGUUGGCGUUGACAUACCGUUCAUGUACAUUGCAAUACACCAUUUCGUGUGGUUGGCGUUGACAUACCGUACAUGUACAUUGCAAUACAGUAGUUCGUGUGGUUGGCUUUGACACGCCAAACAUGUACAUUGCAAAACGCCAUUUCGUGUGAUUGGCAUUGACAUACCGAUCAUGUACCUUACAAUACACCAAUUCUUGUUGGUGAGUCGGUUGUACUGGAAUGCUCAAAACAAUACAUUUGUACAAAGUCUGAGAGUUUAUGCAUCAAUACUAUGAUUCCAUAGGCAUUACUUGUAUGAGAUGGUUGUUUAUCUGUCUAUCUGUGAUAGCGUAUGUCAGGCUUCUUUUAUGUCGAGAAUUGAGUCAGUGUAUUCGAGAGUCGCUACAGGGCAUUUACUUACGAUUAUGCUUGUGAGUACCGGUGGUACAUGCUUUUGGCUAUUGAUUAAAAAACGCCCUUAAUUCAAUUAAUACUUUCUUUUGUGCAUGUCAAUAUUUGUUAAUAUUGAUUGAUAUCCAUUUGUUUGGUUUAUUUAAUAACUAAUUUAGAGCAAUAUAUAAUGAAUAUGUUUGACUUAAAAGAGAUUUUUACAAAUUUUAAUACGCUGGUGUUUUCACCUUGCAAUUCAGAACAAUAUAUUAUAAGUGCAACUUUUUAUGAGUAUUCUUAAAGAUCGUCAUACUAUAGUUUGUAUAAGCAAUAAGAAAUAUUUGUAAGCAAAACUAAUUAUGUACCAUUUGUUGUUUGAGUGUACACUUUUUAG